UCACAUGACCGUCAUGUGACCGCAGACGGCUGAAUAACCAGGAAGUGAAACCUGUUUACAAAAUGUGACUGAAGAUACCACAUGAGCUGCAUGACUUGAGUGGAAAACGAAUAUCCCUGUCACUCAUGAGGAUUAUUUACAGUCACGUGACCUACAGCUGCAGAAACAGCAUGGAGGGAGCAGGUGUGCUUUUUCUGGUUGCUCUUCUAACAGGAACACUCACACACAUCAGAGCAGGCAGCGAUGAAUGCAAGGCGAAGUCUUUUGGCCAGAGCUCAGUAGUAUGUGAGUGUAAUGCUACAUACUGUGACUCGGUUGGUCAUGUCAACUUGCCUGCUGUGGGUCACUUCCUGUCAUUCCUGAGCAGCAGGGCGGGUACGAGACUUCAGAGGCAACAGGGUCAAGUUCAGAAGAACAGCACUGGAGCAGCUCUCAGGAUCACUCUGGUCCCCACAGAAAAGUACCAGCAUGUUAAGGGCUUUGGAGGAGCCAUGACAGAUGCGGCUGCCAUGAACAUUCUCUCUCUGUCGACCAGAUCCCAAGACCAGCUGCUCAGACAGUACUUCUCCCCAGAGGGUAUAGAGUACAACCUGGUUCGAGUACCGAUAGGCAGUUGUGAUUUUUCGACUCGUCUGUAUACAUAUGCUGACUCGCCUGAUGACUACAGCUUGCUCAACUUUAGCUUGGCUGAAGAAGACACACACAUGAAGAUUCCUCUGCUGCAGCGGGCACAAGCUCUGUCAGCUCGCCCGCUGUCCCUGUUUGCUUCUGCCUGGACCUCCCCGGCUUGGCUGAAGACCAAUGGUGCGCUUACAGGGAAGGGCUCGCUUAAAGGAAUGCCUGGGGGCAAAGAGUAUAAAACCUGGGCGCAGUACUACAUCAGAUUUCUAGAAGACUAUGAGAAGCACAAUAUCUCAUUCUGGGGUUUGACUACAGGAAAUGAACCCACUGCAGGUGAAAUGACUAACUACAGCUUCCAGGCUUUGGGUUUCACUCCUGAGCUCCAGCGUGAUUGGAUUGCUUUGGACCUUGGUCCUGCCCUUCAUUCAUCUCCUUAUGCCAAAACCCACCUUAUGAUCCUGGAUGACCAAAGGCUCCUGCUUCCUCACUGGGCCAAAGUGGUUCUGAGUGAUGUUCACGCAGCUCGAUAUGUUCAUGGAAUUGGUGUUCACUGGUACAUGGAUCUCUUUGCUCCUGCUAAAAUCACACUGACAACCACACAUGACCUCUACCCAGAGUAUUUCAUUUUGGGCACAGAGGCGUGUUCUGGUUUUAGCAGUCUUGACCGUGGUGUGCGGUUGGGCAGCUGGGAAAGAGCCGAAGAUUAUGCCCACGACAUUAUAGAGGACCUAAAUAACUAUGUGACUGGAUGGACAGACUGGAACUUAGCACUAGAUAUGAGCGGUGGACCAAACUGGGUCAAGAAUUUUGUGGACAGCCCCAUUAUCGUGGACCAGAGCAAAGACGUCUUCUACAAGCAGCCGACUUUCUACAGCAUGGCCCACUUCAGCAAGUUCCUGUGGGAGGGGUCUCAGAGAAUAGGUGUGUCUGUUUCUGAACACACCUCGCUGGAAAGUUCUGCCUUCAUCAGACCUGAUGGUUCAGUAGUGAUGAUCAUUUUAAACAGAUCUAACGCUGAAGUGCAUUUUGAAGUAUGGGACCAGACCCUCGGCUUUCUGCCUGCAACUGCUCCUCCUCACUCCAUCCUCACACUUCUAUGGGCCACAUCCUAGUUACCAGUAUUGAAAUAUAGCUUUAAUUUUGCAUGAGCGUAUAGCUUAAACACAACAGACCUCUAGAUAUUUCAGAGAUGAUGCAAAAUGAUCAAUCAUUUUAGUUCUAAUCAAACCUAUACAUGGGCUGAUUGUCAGGAAACCAGGUCACUAACAGUAGUUUAAGUGACAUGCUACAGUGAAAAGACCUUUUGUCUUGACCAAUUUUUACCUCGCCGGCGACAAGCAAGCGGGGCGAGGUAUUGUAAACAGCGCAGUUUGUGUCCGUUAACAAUCUAGCGUCUAGACGGUUGCACUGAUUGACUUCAAAUUUUCAGGGUAGAUGGGCAAUGGUCUGUAGAUUACUUGAUUACGUUUCGGGGGUAAUCGGGUCAAGGUGAAGGUCACCAGAAAGGCCCGGUGAGGUUUUUUUUUUUUUUUCCCCUCCCUCUCUCAAGUUCAGGGAAGGAAAUCAAGACAUGAUCUGUGGCCUGAAAAUGAAUAAUCGUGAACUCCGGACUGUUUGAAACAGUUGAUUUAUAGCAGUGUUUGAUGGAGCUUGUCUUGAUUCUGAAAGAAAAUGAUUCUGGAGCUUUAAGGUGUUUGAGAGACCAUUAUCUUUUCAAUAAAAAAAAAAAAAAAAAGUGUGAAAAAGAGACGUGGAAGCUUUAAUAUGCAUAAAUUAGCACUGAAAAAUUGCAGAUUUAAAGUGACUUGAAACUUCAAGACGUGCUUGACCUGCUUUUAAUGUGAUAAUUUGGUAGACAGUUUGAAGCCAUGUGUACAUAAUUGGAUGGAAACAUUUCCAGGAGGUCUUAACAGUAAAGGCUGCUAUUAUCUUAAGAAGACAGCAUUGGUUUUAAGAGUCCUGUGAUGUGUUUAAAAAUGCAUAUGCAUUGACAGACAGCUCGGUCAGAGGAAUGUAAGAGGCUACAGUUCAAAUACAAACAAUAGUAACCUUUAUGAUCCAUGUCUGACUUUCAUUAAUGUCAUUAACACAGCUAAUUGGUAUUGCUUCUUGAUCAUACGCAAGCGACCUUGUGUAUAAAUCAAUGGCAAUUUGUCAGGCUGAAGAUGUGAAAAAUUAGAUAUUUUAUAUAUCAAACUGAUCACUGUUAAAUGAAUAUUAAAAUGCACUAAAAUGAGUUUGGUUGAAGGGGGGGGAAAAAUGAACAAAGUUUAACUGGAUGCUGUAGAAAAACCAAGAUUUCAAUUAAACAAAAUUAUGAAAUCAAA